AUGAAAACGAGUAUUUUGAUUUUAGUUGCACUUGCAUUAUCAGAAAUAUCAUGCACACCAUCCCAGGUUCCAGUGAUUGUUCAUACUCAUCUCGGAGCAAUUGAAGGCUCAGUACUGGAGUCACGUUUGGGAGUGAAAUUUUAUGCCUUCCGUGGAAUUCCUUACGCCAAGCCUCCCACCGGAAAGUUGCGCUUCGGAGCGCCAGUGCCUAUUACGGAACCAUGGAACGGAACAUAUGAUGCCACGGAAGAUGGCACAAUGUGUCCGCAGCCGUUCAUGAACGAAACGUACAAGGUUUCGGAAGAUUGUCUACGCAUUAACGUCUACACGCAGACGAUUCCCGGGGAGCUGAUACGGAUCAUUCCGCGCGAUGUGCUUGUGUAUCUGCAUCCGGGAGGCUUUUACUCGCUUUCGGGACAAUCGAAUACCUUCGCUGGACCCCACGCCAUGAUGGAUCAUCCGAUCGUGUUCGUGACGAUCAACUAUCGGCUGGGAUCGCUCGGUUUCAUGAGUACCGGCACCCCCGAAUGUCCUGGCAACAUGGGACUUAAAGAUCAAGCAAUUGCGCUUCGAUGGGUACGGGACAAUAUUGCCAGCUUUGGCGGUCGUCCCGAUUCGGUGACGCUCAUGGGAUACAGUGCCGGUGCAAUGAGCACCGGGCUGCACCUGAUAUCACCUAUGUCGAAAGGCUUGUUUCAUCGAGCGAUCAUUAUGAGCGGUUCGCCGGCGUCUCAGUGGGAGGUACCAAACCAUCAACUGGAACUGGCUCAGAAGCAGGCCAAUCUACUCGACUGCGACACCCAAUCGAUACCGGUAAUGCUUGAAUGCUUGCGACAAAAACCGUCGGAGGAUUUCUCCAACACUUUGGAGCAAAUGUUUGUCCUGUCCUGGAACCCGAUUCUGCUGUGGAAGCCGAUCAUUGAACCAGACUUUGGCCAGGAGCGCUUUCUGGACCGCAAUCCGACGGAAGCGUUCCGAAAGGGGGACUUUAUGAAGGUACCACUGAUGGCCGGCAUUACCAAGGACGAGUUCGCCGGACCGGCUGUGGAUUUUCUGCGCAACGAGACAUUGCGGCAGGAAUUGGAGCGCAAUUUUGAAACGCUAGCGCCGGUAAUGUUUCUCUACGAGCAACAUACAACCGAAAGCAGGGUCAAGACUCGUCUGUUGCGGGAAAAGUUUCUGGGAAAAGAACCGCUAACCCUGAAUAACUCGUUGACGGGAUUGAAUUAUCUCUUCGCUGAUGGAGUGAUUGGAUUCGGAAUGCAUCGCUUGGUUGCCCUCGCUUCGAGACAUACGACGGUCUAUCAGUACAAGUUUGCGUACGUUGGCCGGUACAGUCAUGUCUACUAUCCUGGAACUGAACCGUACGGCGCUGUUCAUCAUGACGAUCUAAUUUACCUACUGACCGGCCCUUUCCUUGCUCCAAUGUUCAACGCCACCGAUCCCGAGCAUCAAACCGUUGUUCGAAUGACCUCCAUGUGGGCCAGCUUUGCUAUGCAUGGUGAUCCCAACCGAGCCAAGCUGCCACAGCUGGACUGGAUUCCUGUUUCAUCGAGCAGCGAUAAUUAUCUUGAAAUCGGUGAUGACUUGAAAAAUAAGCAAGGAUUGUUCACCGAGAGGUAUGCUUUCUGGGAAAAGCUAUUUCCACUGUCCGGAUGA